AUGGACGCCAACGAUGGGAACAGCGGUAGGAGGAGGGAACGUCGAAUCCCACUAGCAGUGUCGACCAAAGCCGGAAAUGCGAGUACUUGCAGCAGCACAGCAAGAAGACCGGCUCCCCGCCCACGACCCGACCGCCAUGUUCUCCAACCUCCACCACCCCGCCCCUUCUCCCACCACUUCCAGCUCGACGACGACCCCUCCUCCACCACCACCUCCUCCCCCGCCGCCGCUGCCCCCCCCAUCCCCUCCCCCGGCAAGCCCAACCUAGCCUCCGCCUCCGACCACCCCAACCCCGCCGGCGACGGCGCCUCCAUCGAGGUCGUCCGCCGCCCCCGCGCGCCCCCGGGCUCCAAGAACAAGCCCAAGCCGCCCCUCAUCAUCACCCGCGACCCCGAGCCCACCAUGGCCCCCUACAUCCUCGAGGUCCCCGGCGGCACCGACGUCGUCCACUCCAUCUCCACCUUCUGCCGCCGCAAGGCCAUCGGCCUCUGCGUCCUCGCCGGCUCCGGCGCCGUCGCCAACUUCACCAUCCGCCACCCCUCCGCCUCCCCACCCGGCGCCACCGUCACUUUCCACGGCCGCUUCGACAUCCUCUCCAUCUCCGCCACCUUCGUCGCCCCGCAGGCGGCCUCGUCGACCUUCUUCGUCCCCGACGGGUUCAAGAUCUCCGUGGCCGGCCCCCAGGGCCAGAUGCUCGGUGGCUCCGUGGCCGGGCCCCUCGUGGCCGCCGGGCCCGUCUUCGUGGUGGCGGCGACGUUCAGCAACCCUUCGUUCCACCGGUUGCCCGCGGAGGAGGAGGACGGCGGCGGCGGGAGCGGCUCGGUGUCCGGUAGGGGUGGGGACGGGCACUCGCCCCCGGCUUCGGGAGGCUGCGAGAGCGCGCCGCCGCAUCCGCAGCCGCCGCCGGCGGAUUCUGGAGUAUCGAUGUACAGUUGCCAUUUGCCGUCCGAUGUGAUUUGGGCUUCAGCUCCGAGGCAAGCACCGCCUUACUGAUUCUUUUUUUCUUCCCCCUUUUUUGGAGCGGUGGGGGGCCUCUGUCAUCAACUAUCUUUUUUUUUUUUUUUUUUUUAAGGUUUCAUCAACUGUCUUUUGUAGUUAGUUUAGUCGAAUUUUCCGUUUCAGGGUUCUGAUUUUGCAGCACUGUGAAUCCUCUUUGGUUAUUGCCUUUUCUUAUUGGAUUGACUUUAGUUGUCAUAAAGAAAGUGGAGAGAUGGUUUUCUUUUUGGCUCGUCCAAUGUUGUACUCGUUAUCUUCUCUUGUUCCUUCGGGAAGUGAAAUUGUGCGAGAGAGAGAGAGAGAGAGACUGCGCACUGAAUCUUUCAUUUCGUUAGCUGUUUUGCUCCCUGUUUAUGUUUCUUGUCGUCAGUUAAGGACAUCAGGAAACCUUGAAUUUUUUGCUUA